AUGGAUGCCACACUCGCCGGUAGAGCUCGGUUGUUGAAGCUCAAUGAGUUAGAGGAAUGGCGCGAAAGGGCAUAUGAGAAUGCAGUACUGUACAAGGCAAGGACUAAACGCUAUCAUGAUGCGAAAUUAGUUCCAAAAAAGUUUCACGAAGGACAGUUGGUGUUACUGUUUAACUCCCGAUUUAAGUUAUUUCCCGGUAAACUCAAGUCCAAGUGGUCUGGUCCUUUUAUAGUUAAGGAAGUGUUUCCACAUGGGGCUGUGGAAAUCUUCAAAUCAGGGGAGGAGAAUCAGAGUUUUAAGGUGAAUGGUCAAAGGUUGAAAGUUUAUCGUGGUGGAGAGCUCGUUCGGCACAAUGUGGCUCUUUUCUUCCAAGACCCUUAG